AUGGUGCCCAGAAACCAUUUCACCCGCAUUCCCUCAGCCAGCGGCACAGUCCCCUCUGCGACUGCCAACAGCUAUGGAGGUUCCCAGAACCCAACCCCCGCACCUCCUCCCUCUUCGGUCCGACGCAAUCUUUUUCACUCCCACUUCAGUCGCAGACAACAGCCGUCAAGCACCUCAUCGAGCUCCCUGUCAAGCAACCGUACGCACACCCGUACACUGACUGGUGGGGAUGGGAGUGGGCUAAGCAGCGAUAUAAAUGGGUCGUCGAAGUACCGCCUUCCAGCCGGGGCUUUGUCUCUGGGCGCCGCUGGUAACUCGAUAUCCGACGGGGACGAUCUUGUUGUCCGUGAUAAGAACGGAAGCUAUAAAAUUGAUAUGCCAAUGCUGCAGCCUGGGGCUCUAGGAGAGAUGGCUAGCGGUGAGAAUGGCAAUGCAAUGGCAACGAUUGGGGGUGAUGAACAUAUGGGGCUUGGGCCUGACGGAGGGAUGACCAGUGUAGACAAAGAGAAAAUCGAUGCCGGUAUUGCCGAAAUGAUGCGACGCAACCGGAGCAGGCAACUGAACAGCGAGCCUUCUGAGGUCUAUCUACUUAUCCAGCAAAGCUUACAAAACAGAGUAGCUUUGUUGGAAGAAGAUAGGUGGAUGUUCGAAUCUGAACAAGAAAUUCGUACAUAA